CUGCCCACGAUUGGCCUCUCACGCACGAAUCGUAUGAUAAAUAACAUUAACAAUUACUAUUUCUGGCCAAGCAUGUCAAACGACAUCAAGAAAUAUGUCAAAAAAUGUAGAAGUUGUCAAAUACAAAAGUUCUCAAAUAAGAAUACCCAAGAACCCUUUACAAUUAUGUCUACAGCUGAUUCAGCCUUUAGUAGGAUAAGUAUAGAUACGAGUAUAAUGGGCCCUCUAGGAAAAAAAAGUAAGUACAUACUAACUCUCCAAUGCGACUUAAGCAAAUUCGUGGAAGCGUAUCCUUUACCGCGGACGGACGUUGAAACUGUUCCUAAGUCUUUAGUUAACAAUUUAAUUUUGCGCUAUGGCAAACCCAAACAAAUUUUAAGUGAUAAAGGAACAGACUUUACGUCUUGA